GACCUCAGGGACAGGAUGGAGGUGACGGCUGUGGCCACACAGGGUCGCUGCGACAGCUCCGACUGGGUCACUAACUAUCUGCUGCUCUAUAGUGACACAGGCCGGACCUGGAAACAGUACAGACAGGAGGACGGAGUAGGGAAGUUUAAGGGAAAUGUGAAUUCUGAUGGCGUCAUCAAGAACAAGCUCCCCCAUUCGGUCAGAACCCGUUUCCUGCGCUUCGUCCCAUUGGCCUGGAACCCCAGUGGCUGGCUGGGCCUGAGGGUGGAGGUGUACGGCUGUAACUACAAGUCCGACGUGGCAGACUUUGACGGCAGGAGCGCCUUGCUCUAUCGGUUUAACCAGAAGUCCAUGUCGACGGUGAAGGACGUGAUUUCUCUGCGCUUCAAGAGCCGCCAGGCUGAGGGGGUCCUGCUCCACGGAGAGGGCCAGAGGGGAGAUUACAUCACCCUGGAGCUGCACCGGGGCAAACUGGCCCUCUACCUCAACCUGGACGACACCAGGUUGAGGUUCAGCAGCAGCCGUGUUGCCAUCACUCUGGGCAGCCUACUGGAUGACCAGCACUGGCACUCUGUCCUUAUUGAGCGCUUCAAUAAGCAGGUAAACCUCACGGUGGAUUCCCACACACAGCACUUCCGCACCAAAGGGGAAGGAGACUCGCUGGAGGUGGACUACGAGCUGAGCUUUGGGGGAAUCCCUCUGCCUGGCAAGCCUGGCACCUUCCUCAGGAAGAACUUCCAUGGCUGCAUUGAAAACCUCUACUACAACGGAAUGAAUGUCAUAGACCUGGCAAAGAGACGCAAGCCGCAGAUAUACAGUGUGGGUAAUGUGACCUUCUCCUGCUCCGAGCCUCAGCUGGUGGCCUGCACCUUUCUGAGUUCCAGCAGCAGCUUCCUAUCGCUCCCGCCAACAGCGUCUGGUAUGAGAGGUUUUUCCGUACGUUUCCAGUUCCGCACAUGGAACCCAGACGGGCUGCUGCUCUCCACCCGGCUGGCCCCGCAACCCCAGAGAUUGGAGCUGCAGAUCAGUGACAGCCGGCUGCAUCUGACCCUCCACACCUCUGCUCAGCAGAAAUCUGAAGUCUCCACUGGACACAGAGUGAAUGAUGGACUAUGGCACUCUGUGAGCCUCGACACACGUAAUUUCAAGUUAACCCUGACUCUGGACCACGAGCCAGCCUCCACUAUUGAACUGGCGGAGCACCUGGAUGCACAGGACAGCAUCUACUUUGGAGGUUGUCCCUCAUACACCGCCGUCUCUUACUGUAAAAACCCUACGCUGGCAUUCCAGGGGUGCAUGCAGCUCAUAUUUCUCAACAGCCAGCCAAUGAACCUCAAUCACGUACAGCAAGGACUGCUGGGAAACUACAAUGAGCUGCAGUUUGACACAUGUGGCAUCCAUGACAGAUGUCUGCCUAACUUGUGUGAACAUGGAGGCCAGUGUUCUCAGUCCUGGACCACCUUCUACUGUGACUGUUUGGGAACAGGAUAUUCUGGAGCUACCUGUCAUAACUCCAUCUAUGAGCCAUCCUGUGAGGCAUACAAGCUGAUGGGCAGCUCCUCAGGCUACUUCUCUAUUGAUUUAGAUGGGAGUGGUCCCCUGGGGCCCACACAGGUCUACUGCAACAUGACUGAGGAGAGGGUGUGGACUGUAGUGACCCACAGCAGCACAGCUCCAGUGAGGGUCCGGGGCUCCUCUCUGCAGAAGCCGUACAUUAUGAAGUUCAACUACAGCGCCUCAGCUGAACAACUGCGUGCCAUAGUCACCGGGUCAGAGCAGUGCCAACAGGAAGUGCUUUACCACUGCAGGAAGUCCCGUCUCUUCAGUACCUUGGAUGGUGCCCCCCUGUCCUGGUGGGUGGACCAGGGAGGAGAGAGGAGGACCUACUGGGGAGGCUUCCUGCCUGGAGUUCAGCAGUGCUCCUGCAGCCUGGAGGAGAACUGCAUGGACAUGGAUUACUUCUGCAACUGUGACGCCGACACUUCCAAAUGGGCUAACGACACGGGCGUCCUCUCCUACAAGGACCACUUACCAGUGAGCCAGAUUGUGAUUGGAGACACCAACCGAACAGGCUCUGAGGCUGUCUACCAGAUCGGCCCUCUGCGUUGUUCUGGAGCCAGGUCUACAUGGAAUGCAGCCUCCUUCUACCAGGAGUCCUCCUAUCUCCACUUCCCCACCCUCCAGGCAGAGCUUGGCGCUGAUAUCUCCUUCUACUUCAAGGCCAGCGCCCCCUCAGGAGUGUUUCUGGAGAACCUGGGCCUCAAGGACUUCAUCAGACUGGAGCUCAGCUCCCCCUGGGCGGUUACUUUCUCCUUUGACGUGGGAAACGGACCGGUGGUCUUGGCCGUGAAGUCCCAUGUGCCUCUGAAUGACAGGCAGUGGCAUUACGUGAGGGCAGAGCGCAAUGUGAAGGAGGCCUCUCUGCAGGUGGACCAGCUGCCCCUGCGCUUCCUGGAGGCACCGGCUGACGGACACCUCCGCUUACAACUCAACAGCCAGCUGUUUGUGGGGGGAACAGCCACCAGACAGAGGUGCUUCCUGGGUUGCAUAAGGACACUGACCAUCAACGGUGUGAACUUUAACCUGGAGGAGAGGGCCGAGAUGACCCCGGGGGUGAGCUCCGGCUGCCCUGGUUACUGCAGUGGCUCCAGCAGUCUCUGCCACAACAGAGGGAGGUGUAUUGAGAAGAGCAGUGGCUACGUCUGCGACUGCUCCCAGUCCGCCUAUGGAGGACCAACCUGUAAAGAAGAGGUGUCUGUGUCCUUUGACAGAGAGUCCUCAGUGACCUACACCUUCCAGGAGCCAUUCUCCGUCAUGCAGAACAGAAGCUCCCAGGCCUCCACUGUGUCCAGAGAGAGGAGCAGGGCCAGAGAGAGCAUCGCUUUCAGCUUCCUCACCCUCCAGAGCCCCGCCAUGCUGCUAACUGUCAGCACCUUCAGCCAGCAGUACAUCGCUGUCAUCCUUGCUAAGAACGGGAGUCUGCAGAUCUGGUAUUGCCUUCACGUGGACAGACAGCCAGAUGUGUUCAGCCCUACCCCCAUUAGCUUGUCAGACGGACGCCUUCAUCGUAUCAGAAUCCACCGAGAAGCAAAAGAUCUUUACGUACUGAUUGACAAGGACAUGGACCUCAGGUACAGCUUGUCAUCUGACGCGGAGUUAAUCUCAAUCAAAUCGCUGACUUUGGGCAAAGUCACAGGAACUGAUGUUUUCGAUGAGGAAGUGAGACAAGCAGGUUUCAGAGGUUUCAUCGGCUGCCUUUCGUCAGUCCAGUUCAAUCACGUGGCUCCGUUGAAGGCCGCGCUGUUGAAUCAAGGAAGCUCAUUGGUCAGUGUCCGCGGUCAGUUAGUUGAGUCAAACUGCGGUGCACUCGCAGACUCAAAAGCAGCAGCUUCGAGGUUGGAUCAUCCAGAGACAGUGGAAAGAGGCAAGGAGCCAUUAAGAAAUGCUUCACAAAGCAACUCGGCCGUAAUUGCAGGUGUAGUCACAGCAGUGGUCUUCAUUACGCUGUGUGUACUGGCAGCGAUAAGCCUCUUCUUCUACCUGCAGCGGCAGGCCCGGAGUAAUGCUGGCUCCAAGGAGAAGGAGCACAGACAUGACCUAGAGAUGGCCUACCGGGCCGAGCUACACCUCCACAACUCUGUCAGAGACAAUAUGAAGGAGUACUACAUAUGA